AUGACGCCUCCCCUUGGUUCUUCCGCCUCAGGUUUUGGUGGUACGGAUGCUACUCGCAGUAUAUCUUCGACUCCAGCGACGUCUUAUGGUUCGAUGGAUGAGUUUCAAGAGUUUCAAGUUUCUUGGAAAGUUUGUACUCACGACGACAAUGACGCUUGGAUCGACUUGAAUGACGAUAGAGGGACUGCUGAAACAGGCUUGAUGACUCUGUACCACAAGACCAAAGACUUAGACAAGCCAAUUGGUUCUCUUGGCAGUGACAAUGACAGCAAUGACGACUUUGCAGAUUCCACGGCACUCAGACAAUCACUUUUGCAACGCGUCCAGAACUUUUCCGUUCCAGUGAAUCCUAACAAGGGAUACCGAGCAACCCAAGUGCGCCUGCUGUCUUUCCAACGUCCCCAUAUGAGAGCCUUUCAUUGUGCUUGGUUGUGUUUCUGGUCCGUUUGGUUGCUCUGGUUCAGUGUCACCCCGCUACUGCCGUAUGUUCAAACGUCGCUCUCCUCUCCUCCCGAUGUUGUCAUUACCAAACAAGAUUUGUGGACGUCGACCAUGUGGAGCAUGACGGGCUCCGUCGUACUACGACUGGUACUGGGGCCGCUCUGUGAUCAGUACGGAGGCAAAAUUGUCCUCACCAGUGUUCUAGGGGUGUGUGCCAUUUUGGGCGGGAGUAUGGGGUUCCUGACACGGCACAGUUUCACCACCUUUACCACCUUACGAGCCUUGGUGGGAUGUGUGGCAGGGACCCUCGUCCCGGCACAGUAUUGGAUCACGACACAGUUUGUACCCGAAAUUUGUGGGACUACCAUGGCACUGGUGGUCGGAUGGGGCGCCACGGGAGGAGCCAUGGCACUUGUGUUCAUGGGAUCCAUUGUCUUCCCAAUCUGCUUGCACUGGCUGGAUGAUAAUGAAGAUUUGGCUUGGAGGGUGGCGUUGCUUGUACCAGCCGUCAUUGCAUUUGUCAUUGCAUGUCUAUCCUAUCGGUAUGCCGAUGAUACACCCUUGGGUAGCAUACCACAAGUACAAAAGGCAGGACUAUUGCAAUCACGGUCUGCCGCUGAUUCCUUUGGAGCAGGAGCCAUCAAUCUCAAUGCGUGGUUGCUCUUUUUCCAAUUUGCCGCGGGGUUGGGCAUUGAAUUGACCACAGAAUCGGGGAUAUCAGCACAUUUGGCCGAACGAUUCGAUCUCUCGCUGGCGCAUGCGUCUUCCUUGGCCAGUCUCUUUGGACUCAUGAACUUUUUUGCAAGAGGACUGGGAGGGUGGAUCUCGGAUCAAAUGCAUCAACGCGACAGUCUACGAGGAAGACUUUCCGUUCAUUGGACACUCAUGGUCUUGGAGGCAGGCAUGAUUUUGGUCUUUUGUUACACGACAACCUUGCCCACCACAUUGCUGGCCAUGAUUUCGUUUGCCAUUCUAGGACAAAUGUCCUUGGGAACGUGCAUGGCCAUUGUGCCAUACAUCGACCCCGCCAACACGGGCACCAUUGGUGGAAUUGUUGGAGCCGGAGGGAACGUGGGAGCUAUCGUCCUAAGCAACGUCUUUCGGAAUGCUUCUUCCGAUCUGGAAGCCUUUCAAGUCAUGGCCGUGUUUUGCAUUGCCAUGUCCUUGUUGACACCCUUGAUUCACAUUCGAGGAUAUCGUGGAAUUUGCCUUGGAACCGAACAAGACGGAAAAGAUGCAAGCAAUCUACAACUUCAUCAUCCGAAAAAACCACUUCAAUCUUCAUUGCUGGUACCACGGAAAGUUACGGCGAUUAUUCACAGUCAAGACGACGAAGAGAGAUGUGAACCAUAA